ACGGAACAAACAGUCCGUCAGACCGGUGAGGUGGAUGAAAUGAGUUGCUGACCCCCCCAUGGAACAGGCCAGCGAUGAGGGGCUUUUAUUCAAAGCUGGACUCCUCAUCUUUGGGCAUGGCUAUGCCCCUGAACCUGGCUGUAGAGACAGAGAAAGCUCAGGCCCUGCUCCAGACCUUCAGCACUGCCUCUCUGCUGGCCAGCACAGGCCUGGGAGCUUUCUGUUUUCUCGCUGAUCACUUUCUGACCCUGCCUUUCAUCCAGGAGCAUCUAUGGCUCAGGGCUGUGCUGGAUAAUGGGGUCCACGGUGUAGUUGGGCUCUGGUCCUGGGCCAUUGUGAUUGGCUUGAGGAAGAAAAGUGACUUCUAUGAAGUCGUUUUGGCUGGGUUCCUGGCCUCUGUCAUUGACCUGGACCACUUCUACUUGGCUGGAUCACUGUCGCUUAAAGAUGCUUUGAGUCUGCCCCAUCGGCCGCCCCUGCACUGCUCCACACUGAUCCCAGCGCUGUGCUUCUCUCUGCGCUUCCUUAUGUGGGCGUGCCGACUGAAGGACUCGUGGUGCUCCCUGCCCUGGAUGCUGUUCAUCUCACUGGCCUCGCACCAUAUCCGGGACGGCUUUCGUCGAGGCCUCUGGGUCUGUCCAUUUGGAAACACGGCACCCAUCUCCUACUGGCUCUACAUCACCAUCACGGCCACGCUGCCCCACCUGUGCUCUGUGCUAAUGUAUCUGACCGGUACAAGAGACAUGAUAUCCACCAAACAUGGUGUCACCAUUGACGUCUGAUACACUUUUAUUAUGACGCUUUUUUUAGGAAAGUUAAACACUUCAAACAUUUCCAUUCCUGCUUAGCCUCACAUACAAAGAUGGCUUUGUAUUGUUCCUGCAGUAUGUUUGAUAUUUUUAAAUAGUCGGUAAGGUGGGAAAUAAGGUUGUAUUGACUGUGACUGUGAAUAUUGACUGGGGCUUAUUUUUCAGCUUCUCAUAUUAGGUCCGGGCAAUUUGGCUAGGUUUGUUUUUUAGCAUUUGCUCUGAAAUGCUCUAAUACAACAAUACCAGGUAAUAGGCAGAAACAGUAAAUAUUUUUACUAAAACAUUUUACUAUGUUGAAAGCAACAUUUAAACAGUAACUGUGAGCAGCUUGUGGGGGAAGUUAAUCAGUUUUGUAUUUCGGCAGACAGUUUAACUCGUAUAAAUGAAUUUAACUUACACUUGUUUUUGUUUCCAGCUGUAGAAACAGAGAUGCUGUAACUAGUCUAGAGACAUUAUUUUUAAGGAAACUUAGGGCGCUUUCUCACCUUUAGUUCGGUUAAUUGGUCCGGAUCAAUUAAAAAAAAAUCUACAUUGUAACAUUUUUCAGUCCCUUUCACAACCACACUGAUUGCUUUGGUCCAAACCAGUCACAUGACAACACAAGGAACUUGUACAUCCCGCACAUGUAUGUACUGCUGGCAGAGUUUCAUUACCUGCUCCCGGCACUGUUCCACAGAUCUAUUAAAACCACUUUCCAUGAGUUGUUUGCUAAACCAUGAAAAUAUAUUGCUGUUCGUGGGUUAUCAAAAUGUUUCAAAACUGGUGAGACACAGAGUUUGUUAACAUUACUUACAUUAGGUAUAAAAAUACCAACGUAACAGUAGAUGAUUAAUAAUAAUUAAUGUAUUACCAUACCUUCGGAGCGGUUGUUCUUGGUAAAUUCAUAUUUGUUCUUUAAAAAUAUAUUAAGUAAUGCUAAUUUCAACAUCUUGAAACAUGAACAUGUACAUUUUACUGCAACUAAUGUUAAUGAAUUUUGGCUAUCAGCUUGUUAACCAGCUGAGGAACGUUCACUAGAGUAAAAUAGACCUAUAUGCUUGUUUUUCUUAUCAAGAACAUGUAAAACAAAAUAAACAAUAUAACCAUAUAUCACAGACAUUCAGUAUACAUUGCGUUUUGUUUUGUAUGUUCUCUUUUGGUAUUAUACCGUUCCGAACAGGUUUAAAUGAAGUUUUUAUGUAUUUUUUUCUAUUUUGUCCUUUGUUUUAACAUUAACAUCUCAAAUAUUCGAACAUGAAAUUAUUGAAAAAUGCCCAUCCCUAGGAUGGAAAAUGGUCAUCAGGCAAAUUUCUAUGAGGCUCUGCACCUUCUUAAAACUGACAAACUGUCAACAAACACUAUUCCUCACUCCAUAAUGCACAGAUGACUACGACAGCUGGUUUAGUUCACAAAAGUUCAGUACUUUUUGCAUUUGGGUCUGUUUGAGGUUGAAUCACGUUCUAACCCCACAAAAGAACCGCUCCUGGGUGCACACUCGAGUGCGAUUGCUGCAUUCACACCUGCCAAAACGAACCGCACCGAGAAGUAAAACGAACUCUAGUGCGAUUCAACCGUUCUAAAUACCGUUUUAAAUGAGUCUGGUGAGAAAGCAGUCUUAAAGACCAGUCAUAUAGGUGUCAAUACAUUAUUCACUUAUCACAUAUUUUAUUCACAAUUUUGCCUAAUAUUAUAUUGGCAACUAAAUCAUUGCGUGUAAUGAGAAUUUGAUAUGUUGGACUAGUGUAGAUGGUCUCUUGUCAACUUACAUAUUUUAAGGCGUUAACACUGUUGUCAUAUUAAGUUUAGUGGCUUAUGCUUUAAACUCGUCUACUGGAUUAUUGCCAUUAGAUUUUUCCAGAUGAGAGAAGUCAUUGUUAAACUCAUACUGUGAAGAAUGAAAAGAAGAAUGGGUGUAUAUUGAUGUAUUGUGAGAGGUGAUGCUGUGUUGUAUAUUUAUGGUUGAAAACUUGCUGCAGGUGUAAUUGAAGGAUGUUUUCUACUGGCAUUUGUUUAACCUACAACAGUAUGAAGAUCUAUUCAAAUUACUGGACACUGAGACACCUGCUGCCUUUUUUAAAUCCAGGGAAUUAUUUAAUCAAAUCACUUUUGUUUUAUUUAAACCACUUGCUAAUUCUUACACCAUUGUAACACUGCUCUUCACUGUCUUUAUACACACUGUAGUUUUCACUGCAAAAGGGUUUUUGUGUCAUUGUAAUAAUUUCAAUAGUUUUAAAGGGAAGGUAUAUAAUUGGAAGACGUGCAAGUCAUGUUGUUGAAAACAGACUGAAAAAUCAAAAACUGUUGUCAUAGAUUGCUGUUGGGCAGACGUUCUUAAACUAAAAUCUUGGUAUUUUCUUUGAUUCAAUCAAAUCAGACAUUGGUAAGUAUUAGUAUGUACGGUACAUGUAGUUGCAGUGCUCAUUGUGUGAAUAUAUGAUAUCAUAUAUUAUUGACAUUGUGUUUUUGGAAGCAAGGAUCAGGAUCCACAUUGAACAGCCCUGUCAAAAAGGACUCAAACAGUUGAAAUGUGUGUGUUGUGUUUUAAUGUGGAUACACAAAAUGCCCUUCGCUUUAAUUGAACUGCACAUGUAUUUAUCUAACAUGGUGUGUGUUUUAUUUAGCUGCUACUGUUUAUUUUACAGUUAUUUGUUUACUGUGUAAGUUUUUUACAUAUUCUUUAUGUGCAUUUUUGCACAUUUAAUUUAUAUUUGCCUGUUUUAUGUUGUCAUUUGAUGCUUUGUCAUAAAAUAAAAGUCAUUAUUUAUGCAGUUAUCACA